AUGCCAACAACAUCAGCACUUUCUCAAUUUACGUUCACGAAUUACGGCCGCUUAACAACGACCUUUACGGCACCCACUUCAUGUCAAUCUGAGGAAAAAUACGCCCAGAUCACUUCCAUCUACUCGCCGCACCUCGGAGAAUGGCUGGCCGACUGUUCGCUGACGUAUGGGUACUGUCUGCCAUCUGGGACAAUAACGCCAGCAUCGUCUGGCACAAACAGACCACUUGCUGCGUUUGAGGUCCCUUACUUCUCGCCCGGCUUAGAUUGUCCCCUGGACUGGCGAGCGGUCGGGACCUCGUGGCGGACAGGUGAACGUAUCUCUACAACCGGCGCGUUUGAGGCAGAGGCGCAUACGCCAUAUACCGAUGGCCGGUGGAUGUUCUCCCCUCGAUUCUGUCGCCGGGUGAGACGGCGGUGUUGUGUUGUCCAAGACCAUCUGGCAUCCGCCCCGCAUUCCAGCUCCAUGACCGGCGGCAAAAAUGGGAUCUGCUACUCCACACUCCCCAUCUACGUACUCACGACUGGAUGCCAGUAA